CACGUGUUGGAGCUCAGGAUUGCUUCACGGAUGUAUUGGGGCAGAUUGUGGGUGUUUCUAAGCUGGGUCAAGUUCACAUGUCAACUAACACAACUGCCACUCCUAAGCGGGUUAUUACUCUCAGAGAUGACAGGAACGCAGAGGUGAAGCUUGUACUCUGGGGACAGAGGGCUAUUGAGUUCGAUGCGGAGCUUGUGUUUGACAACGGCCAGAAUACCCCUGUUGUUGGAGUCUUUGUGGGUGUGCUUAUGAAAUCUUACAACAAUGAUGAGACGCUGAGUGGUGGAUCUGCAUGUAGAUGGUACUUGAACGAAGACAUUCCUGAGAUUGACUCUUACUUUGAAAGGCUAGGUGAUGACUUCGCUAAAGUUCAGUGGAUUUCUACCGGUACUGAAAAAUUUGCUGUGCCGCGCAAUAGAGGUGAUCUUCCACACAAGACAGUUGCUGAGCUUAGGGAAUUGGAUCCAUGGGAAACAGAGGCUACAGACUUCCUCUGUACUGUGACAAUUUCAAGCAUGGCACCUGAACAGGCAUGGUGGUUCCAUUCAUGCUCCAAGUGCCACCGAUCAGCCACCUCUUAUGGAUCAGAAUACAAAUGCAACGGAGGCUGUGUUUCGACAAAAGCUUAUCCAAAGUACCGUCUAUGCCUUGUUGGGACCGAUGGCACCGGUACUGCCGAGUUUGUGUUCUUCAACCGUGUUGCUCAGCAGCUGGUUGGAAAAACAGUGAUGUCUCUCUUAAGGUCCCCG